CCGGAGUUUACACAAGCGAAGGGGAGCAAAAUGGCGGACGAAGAUAUUACGCUUGAUGGAAAACCUCUACAAUCGCUCCGAGUCGCGGAUUUAAAAACCGCCCUGGAGCAAAGAAACCUGCCGAAAAGCGGGCAGAAAAACACACUCAUUAAGCGACUGAAAGGGGCUCUGAUGCUCGAAAACCUGCAGAAGUCGUCCUCCUCUCACAGUGGGCUGCAGCCCAACUCUCAGAUAGGGGAGGAGAUGAGCCAGAAUAGCUUCAUAAAACAGUACCUGGCCAAGCAGCAGGAGCUCCUUCGACAGAGACUUGAGAGAGAGGCCCAGCAAGAGGAAGAGGCUGAUGAAAGCCCAGCAGUGCCGGAAGAGGAUGAAGACCACUCGGAGGACAAUGAGAGCUCUUCCUAUCCUGACAAGCAUCAUCCCAAAAUCUCUCAGCCCUCACUCACCAGGACGGAGGAGAGGGGAGGAGGAUCAAUGAUGGGUCAUGGGAAGAUGGCAUGUGGGCCUGAUGUGGGUCCUGCUCCAACCAUGCAGCGAGCCUCCUUUCAUCAAGGACACAAGGAGCCACCGGCCCCGUCUCCUCCCCGCGCCGUAGCCUCCCUGUCAGUGCGCGUCCUGGGCCAGCCUGACCGCCAGGGGCUGCCCCCUGCCGUGUCCCGAGCCCAGGAGAAGGAGGGCACCGCGCCCAUCGAGCCCGGCUCGGCCCAUCCUGUCCUCCACCUCAGCCGAUCAGCCGGCGUCGUGUCCGGAGGUCGUGUCCAGGAGGACAGCAAUGAAGAUGACGACGGUGAUGACGAGAGCGAGGAUGAUGAUGAUUGGGGGCCUGGUCCCGGUCCCGGCGGGGCACGAAAAGGCAACAGAGUUCCUCCUCCACCGCAACAGAUGCCCCCUAGUGGCCCAGCGGCAAGCGCAAGAUCCAAACGCAAGCUUCAGCCUCCGCAGCACAUCCCACCACCGCAGGUACUCGAGACCCCUAUGCAGCUGCGCCACCCCACUCCUCCUCCCUCUCCACCACCCAACCUGUUCCCCCUCCCCGACACUCCCAAGCAGAGUCCCCCAGACAACCAGGAGGGAGAAGACCCAAGGGCUGCAUCUGUCCCACCUUCCACCAUGCAGAGGCAGGACUCUGAAUCCAGCUCCGGUUCCAGCAGUCCUGAGCCGCCUGUGAAGCGCAAACCAGGACCCCUUUCUCUGCUGGUCCACAAGAUGGAAUCAGAGGGGGCUUUCCGGGCAGGCGAGACCACCUCAGCUGUGACUGUGUCCGGAGAGGCCGCACACUCCAGUACCGGGUCUGUCAUGUCAGUGGCAGCCACAGCACCCAUUGAAUCUCCGCUGCAAAUACUGGAGAGAAAGAGGCAACAGGAGAACAAAGAGCUGGAGGAAGAGAGGCGACUGGCGGAGAAGAGAGAGAGGGAACGACAGAAAGAGCAGGAGGAAGAACGAAAGAAAGAGGAGAGCGAGAGAGAGAAGAAACGUUUGGAAGAGGAGAAGGAAAAGGAGAGGAAACGACUCGAGGAAGAGGAGGAGAGAAGAAAGAAAAGACAGCUGGAGGAGGAGCGGGAGAAGAGACAGCAGGCGGCCAACAGAGAACGAAUGGCUAAGACCGAGGCCCAAGAUUCAGGUUCCUCAUCUGAUUCUGACUCCAAAUCCGACUCUUCAUCAUCUCAAUCGUCUUCCUCCGCCGGGGAGAAACCUCGUCCUGCCAGGCAGCUGAAGAAAACUGAUCAGGGACGAGAGCCAGAUGAUGAGAAAAAGACGAAGCUGAGUAAAGGGGCGGAGAGAGAACACCUCACAAAAAGGGAGGUGUCAGAGCCCAGCGCAGCCGCCGUGACCGAGGUGGAACCAGACUCCGAGAGCUCCAUGGCCCAGCAGCCGGCCUCCGGAGCUGAGCCGGACAACAACAGCAACGAGGGUCGCCUGGAGGAGAGCACCACUCCUAAGGCUUUCGCUGCUCGCAAGAUAUCCCUGACCAGCAGCAAGACGUCUCCGGCCACCACAGAAGGAGCAGCAGGAGAGUCCGAGACGGGGACUGCAGCAGGGAGGAAGAGGCGAUGGGGCUCCAGCACGGCCGUCACCGCUAAGAAACCAUCCAUCAGCAUCACCACCGACUCACUGAAGUCUUUGAUCCCAGACAUCAAAGUAAGCCAGGAGGCAGUGGUGGAGCUGCACCCAGAGGAGCUGCAGCUGUCUGGGGACGAGGAGAGUCUGGACGCCAACCGGGGCGACCAGGACAAGGGCCUCAAGAUCCGACGCACAGUCACACAGGUGGUCCCGGGUGACGGCCAGGAGAAUGGACAGGCCAACGAAGAGGAAGAAGUGGAGAAAACCGAGAGAGAGAUACAGCGCAGGACUUCCAAAGACAAAAGGAAGAACAGCGUGUCAGAGGAAGCCUCGGAAACACAGGUGUCUGUCAAAGUUGAGGGAGAAGCAAAGAAAGUCACCCCCAGCGACAGUCUGGUGCGUCGCUCAAUCAGUCAGCAGAAGUCUGGCGUGUCCGUCACCAUCGACGACCCCGUCCGCACAAACAAGCAGCCCUCGCCACCUCGUGGCAAAGUCUCAAAUAUCAUCCAUGUGACCAAUCUGGUACGACCCUUCACGCUGGGCCAGCUCAAAGAGCUGCUGAACCAGACGGGCAGCGUGGUGGAAGACGGCUUCUGGAUCGACAAGAUCAAGUCUCACUGCUUCGUCACAUACGCCACGACAGAGGAGGCGGUGUCCACCAGAGCUGUUCUCCACGGAGUCAAAUGGCCUCAGAGCAAUCCCAAAGUCCUCAACGUGGACUUCUGUGAACAGGAAGAGGUUGACUUUCACAAAGGGAUCCUGAAACCAGUCAAAGAAGAGGAACGUGUCCCGCAGCCUGGCGCUCCCCAGAACCGGCUGCCCCCACUCAUGCCCGAGCGGGACAAAGAGCGCGAGCGGGACAGAGUCGUGGACAGGGAACGAGACCGCGACUCUGUCCGAGGCGUGGUGGGAGUGCGGGAUCUGUGGGCGGAGCGAGAGAGGGAGAUGGAACGCCGCGAACGGGCCCGCGGAGAACGGGAGUGGGACCGGGAUAAGGUCCGGGAGUUCGCCAGACCCGGUGAGGAAGAGCGGCGCUCUCGAUCCAGAGAUAGAGAGCGGAGGAGGAGGGAGAGGGGCAAGAGCAAGGAGAGGAAGACCGAAAAGAAGGAGAAGGGAGAUGAACCUCCGGCGAAGCUGCUGGACGACUUGUUCCUGAAGACCAAAGCGGCUCCGUGUAUAUACUGGCUCCCCCUCACUGAGGAGCAGGCGGCGCAGAGGGUUUUGGACCGCUCCGAGCGGCAAAAGGAGCGCGAGCGCAGGCGCAAGGAGCAGCAAGAAGAGGAGAAAAAGCGCGAGGAGGAGAAGAGAGAGGAGAGGUUGAAAACCCGGGAGAAGGAAGGCGGAGUGACGGCGAGCGGCGGAGGAGCCGGGCGAGGCGCCGACGGAGACCGAGAGAGGGAGCGCGGCCGAGACCGAGAGGCAGACAAGAGGAGGGAUGGCGGCAACCGGCCCAGACGACCCUCCACGGGCACCGGGAGCGGACGGCGAUCCCGUAGCCGUAGCAACCCCAGAGACAGACGCCGCUGAGGCGCCGAGCGGCCGCAGGGGAAUGCUGAAGAGAGAGAGAUGGGGGGUGGGGGGGACGCUGCGUAACGGAGGAAACGGCAGACAGGACGUCUCCCACUUGGCGACUGAUUUCUCACGCCACAAAAAAUCUAAGGACUCGUGUCUGCUCCUCACUGUCGCCGCCCCCACCACGCUUUAAUUCGUCCACUUUGAUGCCAGCGUUGUCUUCCACACACUUCUGCCAUUUCCCCGCCACCUCGUCGUCCUCGUCGGUUUACACGAAAAUAAAACGUUAUAAUUACUUAUUUUGUUUAUAAUGAAAAGACGGUUCCUCCUCUCCCUCUCUUCCUUCUCCUCCUCCUCUUUCCUCCUCCUCCUCUCCUGUUCUCUCUCCGUCUUCCAGAAGUAGCGUUCAGCCUCCUCUAGAGAGCAGCGUUCCUCCUCGUCUCCGUGCAGUUGCUGUUUUCAUUCUCCUCCGUUGAAGAAAAAGAAGCAGAGAGGGCGUUGUUUGUGUUUUUUGUGUUUUUUUGAGGGUUUUUUUUUUUUUCGUUGUUGGCUCGCCUCAGCAUUUUGUCCCUCUGAGGUUUGGUAGCCCGCCUCUUUAUUUUAGUUCUGCGGGUGCACAGUUCCUUCCUCCAAAAAACCCUGUAAUAAAACCAGUCCAGAAUAGAUCCCUGACCUUCAAAUAUUUUCUAGGAUCAGUUUUAGUGUUUCAACUCUUCAGCACGAGGAUUUUUUUAUACUAAAUUUACAGGUAAUCUGUCAAAGUGAGGAAAAGUUUUUGCUUUUUUUUGUCAACAUUUUAUGAAUCAUGUUUUUUUUUGUUUUUUUUUGUUUUUCAUCCUUGGUGGGUUUGUUGUUUGUGUGAGUUAUAACCUUCACCCCCCCCUCCCUUCUCCCUCCUCUUCCUCCUCUUCUCCCUCUUCUCCCACAAAGGAUGCAACUGGUACUGAAGUCUCAACACUGAAGCCUAAAAAAUAACAAAAUAAAGAAAAAGAAAAGAAGUGUUCGAUACAAAGAGACGUGAAGUUGCAUGUUGUGGCGAUGCGGGACACGUGCACAUGCCCGAGUUUGUCUUUCUUUUUUUUAAGCGGAUGAGAAAAAAGAAGGAUGUGAAACUCUCAUCCCGAGCUGGAGCGGAGGUUUAUUACGUAAUAGAUUCGGGAAGCUGUGACCCCCCCCCCACUCCCACCCCUCCUCACCGGGUCUCCAUAUGAGAAAACUCCUCCUCUUACCUGUCAAUCAUAUAAAUAUAUUUAGAGAGGAGGUAUAAGAAAAUUAAAAGUUUAUCCUGUAAUAGAGUAAUAGUCACACUUUUUAAUAUUUUUAAUUUUAUGUUCUUAGUUGGUUUUGCUCUUGUUGCUUUUUUUCUUCUAUUUUUUUUCUUCCUCCUGAGUGCUGAAUGUACCGAGAAUUUAAAAAGUGAAUAAAUUUAAAUUGG